AUGAUUUUUUCUCUUCCAUAUUAUCGAGAGUCGGACCAGUUACCAGGUCCUCUUCCUGAGCAACAUGAAAUCGAUCACGCAGUGCGGAGUCUCCCCACUAUUCGCAAUCCAGAUUAUGGUGGACGUCUUGUGGUAAUUAGAGACCUGUAUGUUGUCAAAUAUGGGCGAUAUGUCGCUGAAAAUGAGGGCUAUGCGUUGCUUUUCAUUGAGCAGAAGCUUUCCAUCCCGGCACCACGACUUUACGCCAUGUAUCGAAAUAAGGACAAGCUCUAUAUUGUCAUGCAAUAUAUUCCAGGAAGCACCUUGGGCCACCUAUGGCCCACCCUUCCAGAAAACGAUAAAACUUCCCUGCUGGGCCAACUUCGAUCCAUUUUCGCAGACAUGAGAUCGCUCCCUUCUCCCGGAUUCUAUGGAAGUGUUGCACAAGGGCCUGUUCCUCAUCGAUACUUCUUCUCGCAAGACGGCAGUCCUGCAAUCACAGGCCCUUUCACCAAAGAAGAGGAUUUCAGCAAAGCCAUUGCUCUUCGUUCUAGGCAAAUUUGGAGUGAUAGGGCUAGACAUGGCUGGACGUCUGACUUUCUGGCUCGACACCUUCCAUCUGCUCUCAGCGGCCAUCAACCCACUUUCACCCAUGGAGACCUAUACAGAGAGAAUAUCCUUGUCGAGAAAGACAAAAAUUCCACAUCAGGCGUUGGGGAAUAUAGAAUCGCCGCUAUCAUUGAUUGGGAGACGGCUGGCUGGUACCCUUCGUACUGGGAAUAUGGUUAUAUCUUUCCUCUUUUCCAAUGGGUCGACGACUGGCCAGAAAGCGUGGAGAGGAUACUCGACCCUUGGCCUUUGGAAGCCGCACUGUUACGAUUCGUGCAGGAAGACUUGGAAUUUUGA